AUGGUUUCUGUUUCCAGUGACUGCAGUGCUUUUUUUUCGCCGUCACCGCAGGUCCAUCAGAGGAAGGUCUUCCCCUUCAAUCCCUCCAGAGGUCCUUCCCCUGCAGACAGUCGACUGUCGACCCCUGCCCUAUCUGUUCAGACGGAACGGCACAGAACGCUGGGAGGGAAUCGACCGCAUGUCCUCACUACGCACGGUGUGGAAUUCAUCGCGGAGCCGGGGCCUUCGGUGCAUCCGGCCUUUCCGGCUUCCUCCGGGUUCCUGUCGCGCUCGCAGCCGCGGAGCACGGGGACGGUGCGGGGCGACGGCAUGGAUAAGACGCAUAAGGAGCAUGCCUAUGGGUCUGCGCACAUGUUCGGGCAUCAAGACGUGCGGAACAACAUGAACCCCUUCUUGGCACACUACCGGAUACCCAAGUGGGAGACGACAAGCACCAUGUAUGGCGAGCACUAUCGUCAUCCAGAACAGACCUACACACGACCCAUGAAGAAUCGCAUGCCAGUGUUUCACAUCAAUCUAUGA